UUCAACUUAAAAAUAAGUCGUUAUUAUUGCUAAAAAAUAUAACAAAAUAUAAUAAUGUAUUGUUUUAGUAUUAAAUCCCAUUCAAAGAUACGAUGUUAGACUUAAUAUUAGUGGCUUGGUUAUCAAUUUGUGCUUUUUAUUUAUGGUCAGAUAGACGUCGGAUCUACUUAUCGUUUAAAAUUCCGGGGCCAACUAUUUCGGAAACUGUGAAUAUGUUAAUUAACACUAAGCUAGAAGACAUUUACCAAGAAGCUCUAAAUCUAUACGGAAAAUUUCCAAAAAUUUGCAAAAUUUGGACUGGACCAAAAUUAUUUGUAGUUGUUAAUGAUGCAGACAAUCUUCACAAAAUUCUCACAUCUCCCAGCUUAUCCAACAAGAAAUUUCCCUAUGAUUUUUUAAGGACUAUUUAUGGAGAUGGACUAAUAACUUCUUCUGGCUUAAAGCAUACAAUUCAACGCAAACAAGCUGAUCCGAUGUUUACGCUAAAAGCUGUUGAAGGUUAUUAUUCAAAACUAACAAAACAUACAAAUGUAUUCAUAGAAAAAAUGGGGAGCAAAGUUGACGGCCCUUCCUUUGAAGUAAUGGACUAUUUGAGCGAACAUCUUUGCAACCAAACUUUAGAUAUUAUAGUAGGAAUUGAUAACAACUUUGAGAACGUUCAACUGGAAGCACCCUUUACUUACGAAUUAAUAAAACAAAUUGUUCAUUAUUUUGCUCUAAGACUUCAGAAUUUUUUGCACUAUCCAGACUUCAUCUACAAACUGACCAAAAACUACAGCGAAGUAAUAAAGUUAAAGGAAAUAAGCAACAGGUGGUACAGCGUUUUAAGAAAAGAAAAAUUACCGCCGAUUUUGGAAAAAUUGAAAAGAGAAAAAUUGACUGGCGUUGAAGAGGAAGAUGAGACGAUGUAUGAAAGAAUGAUAAGGAAUCAUAUGGCAUAUCCAAAGCAACUGACUGAAAAAGAUAUUGAACAUCAAAUUUACACCCUCAUUGCGGCUAAUCAAGAUACUACAGUUAUAGCUACAACAAUGGCGGUUAUGAUGUUGGGAACUCACCCUAAAAUACAAGAAAAAGCUCUAAAUGAAAUCCAAAGCGUCGUGGGCGAUAGCAGCGAUAUAACCAUUUCGGAUGUUCACAAAUUUAUAUACCUUGAAAUGUGCAUAAAAGAAACUUUAAGAUUAUUUCCAGGAGCAGUUUAUAUCACAAGAUACGUCCAAACGGAGUUUAACUUAGAUGAAUGGGUUAUUCCUGCAGAUUGUACGUUAGUUCUGUCAAUAAUUAAACCUCAUUUAAGCGAGGAACAUUGGGAAAAACCGAAGGAGUUUUAUCCCGAGCAUUUUUUGCCAGAAGCAACGUCCAAGAGACACCCCAAUGCGUAUUUUCCAUUUAGUUUGGGGCCUAGAAGAUGCAUUGCCACCACUUAUGCGUUUGUGAAUAUGAAGUUAUUAUUGGCAAGAAUUCUACAAAAUUACUUAAUCACUUCAGACUUAAAAUUUUCCGAACUAAAGUUCCAGUAUAGGAUAUCUGUAACCUGUACUUCCGGCCAUAUGAUAAAAUUGACUAGCAGAAAAAGACAAUAAAGUCUUAGGAUAUUCAAGUGUUUGGUUAUUGAAAUAAAAUUUAC